AUGACCACAGCUAUGCAGCUUCCCAAACCCCCAUCUCCCGCAGAAACCGCGAAAAAUCCCGAGCAAACAUUUGCCUGGAUCGAAGCCCGCAUUGCGGAGAUCUAUGCUACCGGACGCUAUGAACAACAGCAACAACUUCAAGAAAAGUCUCUUGUAUUAGACCAGGCGGCAUACCUUCAAAUUUACACCACAGUACAUGCCUAUUGUAAACCCCACCGCGGAGAGCAACGAGAGCCUGCACUCUAUCGCAGUUUACAAGAGGCUAUCCGAGCUCACUGUCGAGAAGCUUCUGCAUACAUCGCAGGGAGGGCUGCUGGCGAUCUGGACGACGAUGGUGCAGAUGCAACUCUCUCGACAUAUCUUAAGCAAUGGAAACAGUUCCUCGAAAUUAGCGUCCGUAUGAGGAAUCUUUUCUCACCACUUGAGAAGAAAUGGGUGUGGAGCGCAAUCGAUUCCGAGCCUCCAUUAGAGGGCGUGUAUCUUUUCCCGGAGCUCCAUCGAAGGUAUUGGAGGGCGGAGGUUCUUGGUGUCAAUGAGACUUCAAAAGGUUCUUCGAGGGUCUUGAAGGCUGUGAAACGGCAGCAACAGAAUGAGGGCCAGAGUCACAAGUUGGCUGACGAGGUGACCGCUGCCUUCGAUGACUUGAAGCUCGCAUUGGUAGAUGGUAAUUUUGUGGCAGCAGAUCAGUAA